CAGAAAUUAAAUUUAAGUCCAACAGUAAUAACAACUAAACUCCCUUUCCUUUCUUCCUCCCUUCCCUUCCCUCCGCGCUGUAGAGAGAGAAAGCUAUAAGGGAUAUAAAAAGUUAAAAACAUCAGACCCGGAAAAGGAAGAGAGAGAGAGAAGAGUGAAGGAAGAGAGAGAUCGAUCUCGAGUCUCCCACUCCCAAUUUCUGCUAAACUUUACAUCUUCCACGACCCACAAGAACGAAACCAACAAAUUCAUCUCCUCUUCGUCUUUCUUCAGGUAAAAUUUUUGUUUUUUUUUUUUUUCAAUUUUUUUUUUUUAAUGUAGUACUACCUACCUCAUUUUGUCUUUGUUUAAUGGGUUGAUAAUUUGCGCGUGGUGUGAAGUUUUUAGAGAUUUUUUUUUCCUGGGUGUUGCUUUUUCGGAUGUGAAGUUGUUUAGGGAUUUGUAUUUGAUGAAUUUAGUCCUUUAGAUCGACAUGCGAAGCUGAUUAGCUUCUUCUUUUUUUUUUGCCUUUUUAGAUUUUUUUGACAGUAUAUUUUCGUUUCAUUUACUAGGUUCUUAGAUUUGAACUAAUUUGGGAGUGAAGUUAAGAUCAGGGGGCUUCAUACAGCUAUAGAUUUUCAUUUUCUUAAAUUGCAAGGUUGGAGGAGUAGAGUUAUUGUGGUUGAGGGUGAAUCCGGAAUUGGGUCCGUUUAGGAGAUGCUUGAAUUGAAGGCCAUAAUUUCCAUUACCUCAUUGAGCUGGAAUCCUAAGUUUGUCUUCUAGUUGUUCUCUUGGCUUCAUUUUUUGAGAAGCAUGGAAGAGUUUUAGUUUACACGAAGAAUUUUGAAAGGAUUUUAAGGGGUUUGGAGUGCAAGUCUGAAGGAAGGAAUGGAAGAUUGGUCUAAAUAUGUGCAUAGCCCUGCGCAUUUGGCAGUGGCCAAGAGAGAUUAUGCUGGGCUCAGGAAGAUUGUGGCAGGCCUUCCGCGUUUAGCCAAGGCAGGGGAGGUGAAUACUGAAGCGGAGUCUUUGGCUGCUGAAACUAAUGCCGAUCAAGUGUCUGCAGUUAUUGAUAGGAGGGAUGUCCCCGGUCGCGAGACCCCUUUGCACCUUGCAGUAAGGCUCCGAGACCCGACCUCGGCUGAGAUUUUGAUGUCUGCUGGUGCAGAUUGGAGUCUUCAGAAUGAGAACGGGUGGAGUGCUCUCCAGGAGGCUGUUUGCACUAGAGAAGAAAAUAUUGCAAUGAUCAUUGCCAGACAUUAUCAGCCCCUUGCAUGGGCAAAAUGGUGCCGUAGGCUUCCGAGGAUCGUGGCUUCAGCUUCCAGGAUAAGGGAUUUUUACAUGGAGAUAACCUUUCAUUUUGAGAGCUCUGUGAUACCCUUUAUUGGCAGAAUUGCUCCUUCAGACACAUACAGAAUUUGGAAACGGGGUGCAAAUCUUCGUGCUGAUAUGACCCUGGCUGGCUUUGAUGGCUUUCGCAUCCAACGCUCUGAUCAGACUUUUCUAUUUCUUGGAGAUGGAUAUUCUUCGGAAGAUGGCAAGAUGUCAUUGGCUCCGGGUUCUCUAAUUGUACUUGCCCAUAAAGAGAAGGAGAUCACAAAUGCUUUGGAGGGAGCUGGUGUCCAGCCGACUGAAGCUGAGGUUGCACAUGAGGUAGCGUUGAUGUCCCAAACAAACAUGUAUAGGCCCGGAAUUGAUGUUACUCAAGCUGAGCUUGUUCCUCAUUUGAACUGGAGGCGCCAGGAAAGGACUGAAAUGGUUGGCCCAUGGAAGACCAAGGUCUAUGACAUGCUUCAUGUGAUGGUCAGUGUCAAGUCAAGACGAGUUCCUGGAGCUAUGACUGAUGAGGAGCUUUUCUCGGUGAAUGAUGAUGAUAGGAUAGGUAAUGGCGUUGAACAGGACGAGUAUGAUGAUGUGUUGACCGCUGAGGAAAGAAAGCAGCUAGAUUCAGCACUUCGCAUGGGAAAUGCAGAGGGUCAUGGGGAGGACGAGGAACCCGAACUUCAGGAUUGCAAUGAAAUCAGUGAUAGUGGUUUUGAAAAUUGUGAUCCAAAUGGUGUAACCAAAGAAAAGAAGAGCUGGUUUGGCUGGAAUAAGAAAGCCUCAAAGAAUACAGGUGACGACCAGGAGGAUUCAAAGAUUGUCAAGAAGUCUUCGAAGUUGGCUCCUGAAGAUAGCAAGUCUAGGCACACAGAUAGUCGUAGAUUAACAUCUGAAUUCCUGCAGGAGGAUUCUGGUGAGCUUAAGAAGGGAAAAGAUAAAAGCAACAAAAAGAAAAAGAAGAAAGGUACUGCUGGUGAGUCUAAGAAUGAGAGUGAAUAUAAAAAAGGAUUAAGACCUGUUUUAUGGUUAACGCCGGAUUUCCCGUUGAAGACUGAAGAGCUCUUACCUCUAUUGGAUAUAUUAGCCAACAAGGUGAAAGCAGUUAGAAGAUUAAGGGAGUUAUUGACUACUAAACUACCCAAUGGCACAUUCCCUGCUAAGAUCGCCAUUCCUAUUGUACCAACCAUUAGGGUUCUUGUUACAUUCACGAAAUUUGAGGAGCUUCAACCUGCAGAAGAGUUCUGUACCCCUCCUUCCAGCCCUGUGCAGUUCCAAGAUGCAAAGUCCGAAGCAACAUCGUCAUCAUGGAUAUCAUGGAUGAGAGGCAGCCGCGGUGGCCAAUCAAGCGACAGUGAAAGUAGAAGUUUCAGGGAGGAGAUUGACCCAUUCCACAUACCCAGUGACUAUGCUUGGGUUGAUGCUAAUGAGAAAAAACGCCGAAUGAAAGCCAAGAAAGCAAAGAGCAAGAAGCACAAAAAGCACGGUACAAGUAGGAAUACAGAUAACGGACGUCAGUUAAGCGAGGAUGUUGAAGAAUAGGGAAGAAACUCACAACAAACUCUCUUCCGGAGACUAGCUACAAGCUUCAAGUGUACCCUGUUGUAUGUGGUUCCUUGAGAAAAUAUGGAGGUUAGGUGCAGUGCAUAACGGGGAAAAUCAUUGUCCUCCUACCAGUCAUUGUAGGGUUUUCAAGUAUCAGAUGAGUGAUUCUUUGUUUAAUCUGUUGUACUGUAUUUCAACCUAAAGAUUAGGACGGUUUAUUCCAUAAUUUAAUUUUUUAAAAAUGUGAAGUGUAUCUAUAUAACUACAUCUAUGAUUAUCAAGUUUUGUUUCAGAUAAUAGUUGGUGAAAUGCAAUUGCGACGAAUAUUGAUUUGUAUAGCUUUUGCUCUUGUUUCUUCUAUUUUGUAUGAUGUAUGUAACCCACUAUUUUAUGAGCUUGCAAAGUUGUAACAUAGACUAAAUUGAAUGCUGGAAAUUACAAGGGCCUUUUGCUAUCUAAUGCUCCAGAAAACUAAACUUCACUUUUCUUGUGAUUAAUAAAUGUAGCUUUUAUGAAGAUCAUCAUGAGCCAAUUUCACAUAUCACCAUCUCAAUUAGUUCACAUCAGCAAUCCAGCUAAUACCAGGAACUUUCCAUUUCAGGGCCUUGGAAUCUGCCCUUAUCUUUUGGACAUCAUCCCACCUUCCAUCACUAGCAUAUGCAUUACAAAGCAUAACCUCAUAGCUGCUUUUAUAGUUUUCGCUUUUAGAGAGAUUAUCAGCCACGAUCUCUGCCAUUUCAUGAUUUCCAUGAACAUUGCAGCAUGACAGAAGUGCACCCCAGAUGCCUGAGUCAACUGGUUCCUCUAAAGAUUGGAUAAGUUCAUAACCCUCUUUCAAUUCUCCAGCCAUCCCGAGAAGCUUAACUAGGAAAACAUAAUGCUCAGUCUUAGCUGAGAUGCUAAAUUCAUCCUUCAUUCUUCUCAUGUAUUCCCUGCCAGCAUCAACUAGACCACUGUGGCAACAUGCCCCGAGGAUAGCGGCAAAAGUAUUUUCGUCUGGUUUCAGGCCGUCCUGCAAGACCUCCUCAAACAGUAGGAAUGCCUCGUUAGCAAGUCCAUAUAAACCAAGAAUAGAUAUUAUAGAGUUGUAAGAGAUAAUGUUUCUUUCUGGCAUAAUUUUGAAAACCUUGAUAGAUGAAUCCAAGAAACCGCACUUCGCAUACAUGUCAAUCAGAGCAGAGGACACUAGGACAUGAAACUCCAUUCCAUGUCUGAUAGCAUACCCAUGUAUCUCAAUGCCAGGUUUUACAAUUGCGAUCUGUGCUGCACCUGCCAAUGCACUAGCUAUCAACACAUGAUCAGGUCUUUUGCCUUCCAUGGUCAUAUCCCUGAAAAAAUCCAAGGCUACAGCAUGCUCCCCUGACAGAGAAAAACCCGUGAUCAGGGAGGACCAAGUCACUAGAUCAGGCUGAGACAAAUUGGAAAACAGCUUACACGCAGAAACCAUGCACUUAAACCUAGAAUACAUACUCACGAGUGCGCUAUUUACAUGAUUGUUGGAAUCAAACCCAGAUUUCAAACAAAAUCCAUGAAUUAGUUCACCGAUUGGAACCAAGUUAGGAUCAGUUAAACCCACAACCAAGCCAACAAUAGUAUAGCCAUCAGGACGCUCCCCAAGCUUUCUCAUCCUAUUGAACAACUCCAGCCCUUUACUUGGAUUCCCACCAGAUCCAUAGCCCGAAAUCAUUGAAUUCCAUAGCACUAAAUCUGGCUCAAGAAUCCCACAAAACACCGUCCCCGCUUCAUUAGUAUGACCCAAUUUCGAAUAAGCACUAACAAGGGCACUGCUACAUAUCGAGUCCAACCCAAAGCCUGAAACAACCAUACUGGCGUGCAAACUCCUCAACCCUUUGAUGUCGAACUUCUCAGAGCAGGCCCGGGCAAGACACGCAAAAGUGAAGCUGUCGGGCUUCGUAUCUGAACUCUGCAUGCGUUGAAACAACGCAAAUGCGACCGAAAACAAGUGGCUUCUAGCAUAAGCCCGUAUGAUGGAGUUCCAGAGGAAUAUACUUGAUUGGGAAAUUUCAUCAAACAGUUGGUGAGCUGAGUCCAAGUCACCGUUGAUUGCAUAAAAUCUAAUAAGCCUGGUCGCAUAAAACGGGUCGAUUGAGAGAUGGGUCUUGGUUAUGAAUGAAUGUAGAAUUUGGGUUUUAGCUAGGGUUUGGUGGGUCUUGGAGAGUUCAGAAAGAAUUGAGCGCAAUGGAAUUAGCAUUUGCCCAUUGAAUAUCAGACACCAAAGGGUUUUGUUUGCCGCCUUAUUCUGUUAUUUGAAAAACCGGUUUUCCUUUAAACCCCGCCCGGGCGCCCGGCAACAAAAAUAUUUUUUUGUCAUCGUUUUCUUUUUCAUGUCAUCACCACUUUGCUACAAAAGAAGAUCCAAUUUUAAUUAACUUACCGGUUAAUGGAGGUUCC